AUGAGGAUCCUUGGGGUAGGCAGCGUGUUGGAGGCCGCUCGGCCGGUGGCGGCGAUGGUGGUGGUGGAGUUCGUCUUCUCGGCUAUGCAGAUCUUCAUCAAGCUCGCGCUCGACGACGGCAUGGACGUCCGUGUCCUCGUCGCCUACAGGCCCAUGUUCGGCGCCGCGUUCCUCUGCCCCGUCGCCUUCCUCAUUGAGAGGAAGAAGCGGCCACCAUUAACCGUCAAGGUUGUGACAGGGUUAUUCUUGUGUGGACUGUUCGGAGUCACCAUGAACCAGAACCUGUUGGUGCUUGCCCUCAAGCUGACGAAUUCGGCGACCAUCGUUACAGCUCUCAGCAACCUCACCCCUCAAGCUACCUUCAUCGUCGCAAUCCUGACUAGGAUGGAGACUUUGAAGCUCAGAAAGCCUAGCGGUCAAGCGAAACUGGCGGGAACCCUGGUCGGGCUGGGCGGCGCGAUGCUGCUGACGUUCUACAAGGGCCCGGAGAUGAGGUUCCUCCACCGUCUGGCGCACACCGGGCUCAGCCACGCCAGCGGCGAUCACCAGCUCCGCCCGCAGCCGGCCGCGGGUUCUCGGAUUCUCGGCUCGUUCCUCGCCAUCGCCGGCUGCUUCACCUAUGCGAUCUGGCUCACGAUCCAGGCCAAGGUCGUCCAGGUCUACCCGUGCCACUACUCCAUCGCUGCUCUGGUGUGCGUCUUCGGCGCGGUCCAGUCGACGCUGCUCACGCUCUGCAUCCACAGAGACGCCGACCACUGGAGGCUCGGGCUCAACAUCAGGCUCUACGCGUCGGCUUUCGCGGGUAUCGUGGCGUCCGGGUCCGCCUUCCCGCUCAUGUCAUGGUGCCUGCAGAAGAAAGGGCCCCUCUACGUCGCCAUGUUCGGACCUCUCAUCAUCGUCUUCGUCGCGGUCAUGAGCUCCGUCGUCCUCAACGAGGCCCUGCACAUCGGAAUUGUUCUUGGUGCUGUGCUGAUCGUGGCGGGGCUGUACAUGGUGCUGUGGGGCAAGGUCAAAGAGGAAGAUGAACAAGAAGCCGAUGCGCCAAAACUUGUUGGUCAAAAGGACGUGCUGGGCAAGGAGUCCGUUCCACAGGCUAACCGUGAAGUUAAUGAGGAAAAUAACUUUAGGCUAGUCAUAGUGAGAGACUAG